GAAGACUGAGAUUCACCUUGUCACUACAACCUGAAAGAGAUGAGGAAAGAUGUUGUUAAGUGUGGUUCUGCCAACAAAGGCCUCUCCAGGUCAUCCCAGGACCCUCUACCCUUCAGGAUGGGAGACUGCUCUGUUCCCCAGCCCAGGAGUGCUGUUCGGCAUGCUUCAGGUAAGCAUUAUGAGGAAGAAGAGGAGGAGGAUGCCCUGCCUGACUCUGAUGCCCUGCCAGACUCUGAUGAUGAGGUGGAUUUGGAUGAGCCACGCCCCAUACAGAUUGUUCUUGCUCACGAAGAUGACCAUAACUUUGAAUUAGAUGAAGCAGCGUUGGAAAAAAUCUUACUUCAGGAACACAUCAAAGAUCUUAACAUAGUAGUUGUGUCUGUAGCAGGAGCUUUCCGCAAAGGAAAAUCUUUUCUGCUGGACUUCAUGCUUAGAUACAUGUAUAACAGGUCUUCUCCUUGCUGGAUAGGUGGAAACACUGAGCCGUUGACUGGCUUUACAUGGAGAGGUGGAUGUGAACGGGAAACCACUGGCAUUCAGAUUUGGAGUGAAGUGUUUGUAAUUGAUAAACCCAAUGGGACAAAGGUUGCUGUACUACUUAUGGAUACCCAAGGUGCCUUUGAUAGCCAGUCCACUAUCAAAGACUGUGCAACGGUUUUUGCUCUGAGCACCAUGACUAGUUCUGUCCAGGUGUACAACUUGUCCCAGAAUAUUCAGGAAGAUGACCUUCAACAUUUGCAGUUGUUUACAGAAUAUGGAAGACUAGCUAUGGAAGAAAUUUACCAAAAGCCGUUUCAGACACUAAUGUUCUUAAUUAGAGAUUGGAGUUAUCCUUAUGAACAUGCUUAUGGCUUGGAAGGAGGAAAAAAGUUCCUAGAGAAAAGAUUGCAGGUAAAGCAAAACCAACAUGAAGAGCUACAGAACGUAAGGAAGCAUAUUCACUCCUGUUUCAGUAAUCUUGGCUGUUUCCUGUUGCCCCACCCUGGUCUUAAAGUUGCAACAAAUCCAAAUUUUGAUGGAAGAUUGAAUGAUAUAGAUGAGGAUUUUAAGAACGAACUGCAGAAUUUGGUGCCGUUACUGCUUGCCCCUGAAAACUUGGUAGAAAAAGAGAUUAGUGGAUCAAAGGUGACCUGUAGAGAUCUUGUAGAAUACUUCAAGGCUUAUAUUAAAAUCUAUCAAGGAGAGGAGCUACCUCAUCCGAAAUCUAUGCUGCAGGCAACAGCCGAGGCGAACAAUCUUGCUGCUGUUGCAGGAGCAAAAGACUUGUACAGCAAAGGCAUGGAGCAGGUUUGUGGAGGAGAUAAGCCUUACAUUGCCCCAUCGGACCUGGAGCGGAAGCACCAGGAUUUCAGAGAGUCAGCUGUCAGGCAAUUCUGCUCUGUGAAGAAGAUGGGAGGGGAGGAGUUCUGUCGUCGCUACCAGGAACAGCUUGAAGUGGAAAUUGAUGAGAUCUAUGCAAACUUUGUGAAGCACAACGAUGGCAAAAACAUCUUUUAUGCUGCUCGUACCCCUGCCACUCUAUUUGCGGUCAUGUUUGCCAUGUAUAUAACCUCAGGACUGACUGGGUUCCUUGGUAUGAACUCCAUAGCUACCCUGUGUAAUCUCGUGCUGGGGAUGGCUCUUAUAUCAUUUUGUACUUGGGCAUACGUUAAGUACUCUGGGGAAUUCAGAGAAGUUGGAACAGCCAUUGAUCAGAUCGCCGAAGCUAUAUGGGAACAGGUGUUUUCCAAACUCUUUGAAGUCCUUAGACGCCGAACAAUUCGCCGUGCUCUUACAUCAGUGCCGCGACAGCGACUCUCAUCCAACAAUAACAAGAAGAAAAACUAGCCAGUAUUUUUAACUUUCUUUCUGUAUCUGAAGUGUUCACACUUACACAUAUAGGACAAUAAGCUGGACCGUCUGGGCCGGUCUGCAUAAAUGCUGUAACCAUACCAGACUGAUGCUGCAUAGAGGGUAUGGAAUUGCACAUCUAUCUUCUAGGAACUGUAGCGUGGUUUGAAUUUGGUGAAAUACCACUGUAUAGGAGGGAUAUCACUUGUGUCCAUAGCAUGCAACUGAUUUAACCUCAUUACUGUAGCAGCAGAACUCAUUUCUCUUUCAGUUCAUGCCAGUUUGUCAGACUUCAGCAUUCUAAGCUUCUUUCAUUAUUUCAAGUCUCAUCUCUUUAUAUGUUUUUAUAUUUUAUUUUCCUUGGUUACCUCAUUUUUCUGUUUCUUUUGCACAUUUCUCAUUCCACAGGUGUUGAAGCCCAUGAGUGAUAAUUUGAUGGAGGAUCAUAUGAGGCAGUCUGUAAAAAACUCUAUCAAAGCAGGCCUGACCGAGCAGGUGUCUCACCAUGCCAGACUAAAGACAGACUGACAGUUCAUCUCCUCUUGAACUCUGCCCUCUCAUCCUAGAUGUGCUUGCUGUACCAUGAGAACUCAAUAAUAAAAAUAAUAAAAAUAAACCAAAGUUUACAAUCAACUGUAGAAGUAGUUUAGUGUGGUUGGCUUCACAGACUGCUGCCAUCAUCUGGGAAGAAGUAGUUUGUCAGUGCUCUGCUUCUGAGAUGAGCUGGUACCAUGGAGGGGACUAGGGUGGGAGGCUCUGAUGUCCCGUCUUGGUGAACUGUGCAGAGGUGCGUUUGGGGUGUGGGGAGGGAUCUUCCCCUGAUGUCUGAACUGGUGCAGCCUCUGAGCAAUUGUCUUCUGCAGGAGGUCAGUUCAGGAAGUGUGAUGAUUAGACCCAUGUGAGGUGUGCUCUUGCCAAAUGUACUCUGCUCUGUGCUGUCCCUUCUCCCUUCGCCUGCUUUAACCAGAGGUUCUGUGUAUUGAAUGAUUCCUUGUCGGUGAAGUCAUUGGAGCCACCACAUUACAAUAGUUAUCUUGCUUUAUUGCCUUUUGUACCAGUGUUACACAAAUGCAUGUAUUGUUUCCUCCUGCCGCUGCCAGCAGGGCUGACCUGUGAGGGCAUACAAAGCCCCUCACUGGCCACUCGAAAAAUAAAUCUACUGCUGACCUUAAAUUACUAUGUGAGGGAGGCAGUGGGUCAGAGCAUGUGGCAUCUUGCCUUGGACUUGCAGACAUGGUCCUGAGGGAGGUGCAUAUGGGAACGGAGCUCUCUUUUUCUGCAGUUUAGCCUUUGUGUAUAUAAUAUUGCCAUUAAUUCUACUGGGGGAGAAAUUCCAUCCAAAAUGUUGCCUACAGCUACUAAGCAAUGAGUUAGGAUUGUCUGUACAGUGUGUUUAGUUUUUAUUUUCUAAGAAAUCACAGAUAGGGCAUGUAUAUGAAAUAUAAAUAUAUAAAUACAAUUUUGUAUCAAAGUUUUGUAGUACAUGGCAAAACCUGGUUCUGUGGUAGUUAAGUGCAGUCCCUGUAAAGGAAUGUUUGUGGCUCUCAUAAAUGUGUGAAUGCAUCAACAGUUUGAAGUUUUUUGAUAUACUUGUGAAAUUUACCUGCCUUGAACACUGCAAUCUCUCACCCCCUUGGGAAAAUCAGUGGGAACGUUUGUUGUGAAACUUGUCUUCUGUUGCAUUUUAAAAUUAUUUCCUGUAAUUUAUUUUCAGUACAUGAUUAAAAUCAGUUGUGUAUAUAUGAAAUUAAAUUUGUGCUUAUUUUUAAAAGAUGUUCAACUAUGUAUUCUACUACAUAAACUAUGUCAAAAACUUAUCCUGACAAUUAUAUGAACAAAUUGUCUAUUGUAUUUCCUAGCUUUCUAUUGAAGCUGAUGUUCCUUUCAUGCUCAUCUCUGAAAGAUGAGAUCUGUCUAGCUCAUGUCUCCUCCCCUUAUAGGAAAACUUGCUGGUACUCUAAAGCACGCUUCUUGAUUUGUGAAGUCGCUUGUCAGCUUGUGCCCUCCAACAACUGUAUCAUUCUGAAAUCUUGUUACAGGCUCUAUUUUCACUCUUGGCUAAAUCAGUAUUGAAUAUGGCAUUUUCAGAUGCAUGGAGUGUAAAGGCAGCUAAUUAACUGCUGUAGUUUCAGCUGGAAAUGACUGUGUGAUAGCUGGGUUUUUUUGCAUUCCUAAAUGGUAAUGAUUUCCAUCAACAUUUGAGCUUCAUCAGUCUCCCCUCUCUUGAGUGAGGGAAAUACCUGUCUAGGACUAAAGUGAUUGCACUGUGACUUUUGUACCAUAAAGAACUACUGGGGAGUAUUGGUUACUUGCCCUCGGGAGAUGAGGGCUCAGCUCCAGGUGAAUUAUGCUGAAGAUGAGGUAGGAAUGUUGCAUUUUACAGUAUCUUCUCUCAAACUGUACAGAUUAAAUACUG